AUGAAUAUGGCUGCAGAUUUGAUUCCAAGAUUUGAUGGAAGGGAGGCCUAUUGGUGGCUCAUCCAGGCCGAGCAAUAUUUUGGGUCAAGAAGAAUGAGUGAAGAGAUGAAGCUUGAGUGUGCUGUUGCAUUUGCAUUGAGAGGAGAUGCUCUUGAUUGGUGGAUUUCUUGGAAAGAGAGUCAUCCAAAUAUUUGUUGGUGGAAUUUUGUAAAUGCCAUUCUCAAGAAAUUUCAACCAGAAGUUUGGGAUUGUCUACUGGAGUCUAAAAACGAAACACAUGAAAUCCAAGACAGUGAUGAAAUUCAAGAACCAAUAUCAUCUCCAACUGAAGAAAAGAUUGGUGGUAAAGUUGAAGACUCGCAAAUCCAACAAUAUAGUGAAAAAGAAGUUUGUAAAGUGGAUAUCAAAUCUGAUUGCGAGGGUGAGGAAGUGAAAAAUACAUAUUCAUUGAUGGAUGCCAGUGAAGCAGAGGCCCAGAGGAAUGACGGAGAGUUGGCUAUUUCAUUACAAGCAAAAGACUCACUAUUUUCCGUGUUUGCUACUAUUCCUAAGAUAAAGUUUAGCAACAAGAAAUUUCCACUAUCGGUGCCUAUGUGGCUACAACAACUGGUCACGAGAGAACUGCCAUUAGCAAGAAAAUUUCCUAUUUCAUGUACAACUCAACCUUUAUUUUUCAAUUAUGGGAUCCAGGAGGAUACAUUUUUCCUACAGUGUAUUUCUUUCACCUCGGGGACAAGAAUUGAUAGAAUAGAACAACCACGUUCUGUUUUGAUUCCUAAUAAUGUCGUCAAGGGAUUAACAAUCAAUGAUUCUGGUGAAUAUUUCCUUCCGGGGGACAAUUAUCCUUCUUGGUUAGCCUAUAGAGGUGAAGGAUCUUCAGUACAUUUUCAAGUUCCUGAGGUUAGUGAUUGUUGCAUGAAGGGAAUAACUUUAUGUGUUGUUUAUUCGUCAACAUCUGAAAACAUGGCAGCUGAAUGUCUCGCCAGUGUUAUCAUAAUUAACUACACUAAAUUCACUGUUCAUACAUACAAGCAAGAUACAAUAAUGUCCUCUAACGAUGAAGAUUGGAAGAAUGUAGCAUCAAAUCUAGGACCUGGUGACAAUGUGGAGAUAUUUGUAGCUUUUGGGCAUGGGUUGAUUGUUAAGGAGGUAGCUGUCUAUCUAUUAUAUGACCAGUCAAUUAAUAUGGAUGUUUCUGCCGAUGAGAAAGAUGGUCUGAUGAAUGAUGUUGGUCCUAUGUUCAAAGGUGGUUUCUGGAGUCGUGAUUAUAAAAAAGAUACGGAUGAAACAAGUAAAAGAUACCAGGAAAUUCUGAAUCAAUCAGAGAAUGCUGUUGAGAUAGAGGUUUUGAUGAAUGUUCUUGACGUCAACAAAAGGUUGGUUUCUGCAGCAGCCUUUCAUGAAAAUGGACAGAUUUAUGGUGUUAUGGAUGAGUUGGAAAAACUGAAGAACUCUGCUGAAUGCUUAAGAUUUGUGCUCCUUGAUGCACAGGAGAAACAUGAACAAUAUUAUAUUGUGCAAGGUUGGAUAAGAAGGCUCAAAGAUGUGCUUCAUCUUGCAGACGACGUGCUUCAUCUUGCAGAUGACUUACUAGAUGAGUUUAUUAUUGAAGGUAUGAGAUACAAAGUGAAUGCAGGUGAUAAGAAAAAUAUGUCACGGGUAUUUCGUUCAUUAUCUUCAAACCAUACUUAUCUUCGCCGAACAUUGGUUCCUAAAUUUAAAAAAAUAAAAAAAAUGUUUGAUGAUGUGGUGGAAGAAAUGACUAAGUUGAAUUUAAGCCCAAAAGCUGCGGUGAUUAAGCAAACUGACAGCUUAAGGAACAAAUCCAUUUCGUUUUUGUUAGAAUCGGAUAUCACUGGAAGAGAAGAUGAUAAAAAGGAGAUUAUAAAUCUCUUGAGAAAACCAGGUGGAAAUAUAUCUUCAAUUGCUAUUGUUGGUAUGGGAGGUAUAGGGAAGACAGCUCUUGCUCAGUUCGUAUAUAAUGAUGUGGAAGUGCAAAAUCAUUUUGAAAAAAAAAUAUGGGUAUGUGUAUCUCGUAACUUUGAUGUCAAGACUAUUGUGAAGAAAAUGUUGGAGUCAUUAACCGAUAGAAAAAUUGAUGAUAAGUCAUCCAUUGAAUACAUACAACAGAAACUUCAUGAAAAUUUAGCUGGUGAAAGGUAUUUGUUAGUCUUGGAUGACAUUUGGAAUGCUAGUAAUCAAAAAUGGACUCAAUUGAGAACUUAUUUGAUGUGUGGUGCUGAAGAUAGUAAGGUUUUAAUGACAACUCGUGAUAGCAGUGUGGAAACUAGCAACCUCUAUUCAUUGAGUGGUUUGACUCUAGAUGUAUCUUGGAGUAUGUUAAAGAAAAUGAUAUUCAGGAAUGAAACCAAUGGAGUGGAUCAAAAACUUGAACCAAUUGGUAAACAAAUAGCAGAAAAGUGCAUGGGACUUCCACUAGUAAUUAGAACACUUGGAGGCCUAUUACAGAGUAAAAAUGAAGAAACAGAAUGGAUUGAUGUCUUUCAAAGAGUGUUUUCGGAAUUAGGCGAACACAGAGAAAGCAUCAUACUUCCAAUCCUGAAAAUGAGCUACCAAAGUUUGUCGCCUCGGUUAAAGCAAUGUUUUGCUUAUUGCUCUUUAUUUCCUGAGGAUUGGGAAAUCGAGAAGGAUCUAUUGAUUCAACUUUGGAUGGCACAGGGUUAUCUUCAAUGCUCAGACGAAAAGCAACUCAUGGAAGACACUGGUGAAGAAUUUGUGAAGAUUUUCUUGAUGAGGUCAUUUUUCCAAGAUGCAAAAGUGGGUGGAGAUGGUGAUAUAGUUAGUUUCAAAAUGCAUGAUUUAAUGCAUCAUCUUGCAGUGCAGGUAGCUGGCAAUGACUGUUGUUACUUGGACAGUGAGACAAAAAGCCUUGUACAAAGACCCAUGCAUGUAUCGUUGGAACCCAAUGCAGUUCAUUUGUUGGACUCAUUAGAUGGAAGCAGGUUGCGAACUUUGAUUUUGCUGUCUUCCAAUGAGGAGGAAUUGAAUGAGGAUAAAUUGUCAGUCAUUUCAAAAUUCAAACAGUUGCGUGUCUUGAAGCUGUCAAAUUGUUCUUUAAGCAAGUCUUCUAGAUCAAUUGGAAAAAUGAAUCAUUUAAGAUAUCUUAACUUGUCCAACUGUAGAGGACUGAGAAGUCUUUACAAAUCCUUAAGCAGUCUUGUUUUGUUACAAACACUAACGUUGACACCUAAUGAAAAAGUGGAGCUUUCUACAAAGGUUGUAUCAAAAUUGAUCAAUUUGAGACACCUUUACAUCUCUGAUUGGGAAGCCUCCAGAGACAGGACACCAUUUGGAUUUGUAAAACUGAGCAUUUGGCAGCAUAAGAGGAUGAAUUUUUCAAAGUGGCUUUCUCCGCUGACAAAUAUUGUUGAAACAUCUUUCUUUUUGUGUGGAAGUCUCCAGUUUCUCCCACCGUUGGAGCGUCUCCCAUUCCUUAAGUCACUUCAUAUAGGUUUCCUUGAAGAACUGGAGUACAUAUAUUAUGAACAAGAUUUUUCUUCAGCAUUCUUUCCAUCUCUAAAGAGCCUCUCAUUGCAGUUUUGUUACAAGUUGAGAGGAUGGUGGAGGAUCGGUGAUGAUUUCAAUAAUACUAACUGUUCACAAAAUCUCUCCUUGCCGCCCUUUCCUCGUCUGUCACAAUUAUCAAUCAUAGGAUGUCUGAAGUUGACUUGCAUGCCUACCUUUCCAAAUCUUGAGAACAGAUUGGAAUUGUAUGAUAGUAGUGCGGAAACAUUGGUAGCAACACUGAACAAAGUAGCAUUGAAUGGCCUCCCUGCUCUUUCCAUGCUCAAAUCCUUGCAUAUUGAUGGAGUGAGCCUGGAUGUGAAAAGCAUCCCAAAGGAUUGGAUGAAAAAUCUUACUUUUCUACAGCUUCUUCAAAUUAAUUGUUUUUCACGUCAAGCAUUUCAGGAUACAGAAACUUGGUUUGAGAACAACAUCAAGUGUCUUCCUUCUCUACAAAUAAUUGCCUUUCAUAAUUGUGAAGACAUCAAUGCAUUGCCUGAUUGGAUAUGCAACCUCUCAUCGCUCCAGCACCUGAAGAUGCAUGAUUGCAUCAAUUUGUCAUCACUGCCCAACAGAAUGUCCAGUCUAACCAACUUACAGACCCUAGAAAUCAUUGGAUGUCCCCUCUUAGUUGAAGAAUGCCAGAGACAAACGGGUGAAACUUGGGACAAAAUUUGUAAAGUCCCAAAGAUAAUCUUAUCAUCUCUUCAUUAG